AUGGAGGUGGCCCUAGUAGACUUUGAGAGCCUAGAGGACCUUGAUGGCAGCCUUGAGGAUGAGACUGAUGAGACCACAGCUCUCACUGUAGACAUGCCCCCAGAGCAAAGCAACCAAGACAUCAAUUACCUCCUGCAAGCCCCUCGACUGUCCUCUACGCCCUGUGCAUACAGCCCCGUGCCUUCCUACAUAUGGGAAUCCACCUCUUCCUCACCCAUUCCACAGUCACAGAGACUGGGCGUGCCCCAGUCCCCAGCAAUGCCAUCCUCAGACAGAAAGGGCCGCAGUAGCUGUGCCAGCAUGAUUUCCAACUGGAAUUUGCUGUUAAACAGCGAGGGAGUCAAGGAGAGUGAGACGAUCUUCAGUCGUCUCGCCAAGGAGUGCUGUGAAGAUCUGUUCGUGGAUAAACGUGGGCUUGAUGACGGAGACCAGAAAGUCAUCAUCAACAUUGCCGGACUUCGUUUUGAGACGCAGCUCAAAACACUAGACCAGUUUCCCGACACACUUUUAGGAGACUCUUUGAAGAGGAUGGACUAUUUUGAUCCAAUGAGGAAUGAGUAUUUCUUUGAUCGGAACCGGCCAAGCUUUGACGGAAUAUUGUAUUAUUAUCAGUCUGGGGGUAAAGUCAGAAGACCGGCUAAUGUUCCCCUGGAUGUAUUUGCUGAUGAAAUUGUGUUCUAUGAACUUGGAAAUGAAGCCAUGGAACAGUUCAGAGAAGAGGAAGGUUUUAUAAAAGAUGCGGAAAUUCCUCUCCCUACUAAAGAUAUAUACAGACAGCUAUGGCUGCUGUUCGAAUACCCAGAGAGCUCAAACGCAGCCCGUGGUGUGGCUCUAGUUUCUGUCCUGGUCAUUGUGAUAUCCAUAAUUAUUUUCUGCAUGGAAACAUUGCCUGAAUUCAGGGAUGACUCUGAACUGCCUGUGCCCACAGCAAUACUACCUUUCAACCAAUCCAGAGGCCACAGUUCCACGCCUCCAUCCGGUGUAAAGCUCACAACCUUCUCUGACCCUUUUUUCUUCAUCGAGACCACCUGCAUUACUUGGUUCUUCUUUGAGCUUUGCAUUCGAUUUGUGGUGUGUCCUAGCAAAAGCGAUUUUUUCCACAACAUCAUGAACGUCAUUGACAUCAUAUCCAUCAUCCCUUAUUUUGUAACUCUGAUCACAGAAUUGGUCACAACGCCAGUGGAAAGCUCAGGACAGAACAUGUCUUUGGCCAUUUUGCGUAUUAUCCGCCUGGUCAGGGUGUUCCGUAUAUUCAAACUCUCACGUCACUCUAAGGGGCUGCAGAUCUUGGGACAAACUCUCAAGGCUAGCAUGCGUGAGCUUGGUUUGCUCAUCUUCUUCCUUUUCAUUGGAGUCAUUCUGUUCUCAAGUGCUAUCUACUUUGCCGAGGUAGAUGAGCCUAACACACAAUUUGUCAGCAUACCUGAUGGUUUCUGGUGGGCUGUGGUCACCAUGACCACUGUAGGAUAUGGAGACAUGUGUCCCAUUACCAUGGGGGGUAAGAUCGUGGGCACCUUGUGUGCCAUUGCAGGCGUGCUGACCAUUGCUUUGCCUGUUCCUGUAAUUGUUUCCAACUUCAACUACUUCUACCACAGAGAGACAGAAGCAGAGGACAAACUACCUAUGGUUGAUGCUCUUGAGCAAGCCAUUAACACUGAGACAAGUACCAGACAGGGAAGCAAUGCUUCCCUCAAUAAAGUCAAUGGCGUCUGA